AUGAGGGACUCUGCAGACACUUCUUCGUUUUCUCUCUCCAGCCUCCUCUGCCAUGAAGAUCAAACUUGCUUGAAUCAAUUGGAAGUUGAAUCAAACACUUGCAUAGAUUCAGACCCAUGUUUUGUUUCUGUGGAUGAAGAUGAGUAUGUUGAGAACUUGGUCCGCAGAGAAGCUCGUUGCUUUGGAUCCAAAGGCUUUGUACCCUUUACCGAUUGCUCUGCCUCUGACAUAUGCUGGUUGAAAACUGCUCGCUUGGAUUCGAUUGAAUGGAUUUUCAAUGCAUUUUACUUAUCUGUCACUUACUUUGAUGGGUUUCUUUCAAAGCGAUCCAUUGAUGAUGGGAAAUUGUGGGCUAUUCGACUAUUAUCAGUGGCAUGUUUAUCCUUGGCAGCUAAGAUGGAAGAAUGUAAAGUGCCAGCUUUAUCAGAGUUCGAAGUCCAAGAUUAUAACUUUGAAAGCAAGGUGAUUCGGAGAAUGGAGCUAUUGGUCUUGAACACAUUGGAAUGGAAAUUGGGUUCAAUCACUCCUUUUGCUUAUCUGCAUUACUUCAUCAAUAAAUUCUGUGCUGAAUCUAGACCCAAAGGACUAUUCUCUGAUGCUAUAAGACUCAUUGUGGCAAUGGCAAAAGAGAUUGAUUUAAUGGAUACUCGGCCGUCUAUCAUCGCAGCAGCCGCAGUUUUAGCAGCAUCUGAUGGUCAGUUAACUAGAAAAAUGCUGGAGCUUAAGAUGAGUGGGGUCUCAUUGUUGCAGUCCCAAGAAAAUUAUGAAAUGGUGGAAAGAAAAGAUAAGACACCACCCAAGUUUUCAAUUUCCCCUAGUGUGUUAGCAAUCCAUCCAAGCUCAAUGGAUGUGCUUGAAAAUUCAGUCGGGACGAAGAGAAGGCUUACCUUCAGCGACUCUGAUCACAGUUGUCCAACAAAGAAAAAUCACAGGCCAUAG